UCCCAACGUCACACAGCUAGUGAGUGGCAGGGCAGGGAUUUGAGCCCGAGUCUCCUGGUGACGGAGACUCUUGCUGUUAGCCGCUGUGCUCAGUUACAAUCAGACAAGACCUGGUACAGUAAAGCGCGUGGAACAUGAGGCCCAUGGCUCACUUGCGAGCUGACGGGUCGAGAUUGUAGAUGCCUGUUGUAUCUCUGCAUGGGCUGGGUGCGAGAGGGUGUGCGGGGAGCCUGGCACUGAGCUGUGUGCUGCUUGGAGAGCAGUGAUGUGUUGCUGGAAUAACCUCGCUCUGCUCUGCAGGUAUGGAGAGGCACAUCGAGGAAGAUGAGGUCCGGUCGUCGGCCGACCUUCGGAUUCGGAAAUCCCAGCAUUCCGUCCUGUCCCGGAAGUUUGUGGAGGUGAUGACCAAAUACAACGAGGCUCAGGUGGACUUCCGUGAACGCAGUAAAGGGCGAAUCCAGCGGCAGCUCGAAAUCACUGGCAAAAAGACCACAGAUGAGGAGCUGGAGGAGAUGUUGGAGAGUGGGAAACCUGCCAUCUUCAUUUCUGGGUUGAAUAUCAUGGACUCCCAGAUUUCCAAGCAAGCCCUCAGUGAGAUUGAGGGGCAGCACAAGGACAUUGUGAGGCUGGAGAGCAGCAUCAAGGUUCAUGACAUGUUUAUGGACAUCACCAUGCUGGUGAAGAAUCAGGGUGAGAUGCUAGAUAACAUAGAGCUGAAUGUCAUGCACGCAGUGGACCAUGUGGAGAAGGCACAGGAAGAAACAAAAAGAGCCAUGAAGUACCAGGGUCAGGCCCGGAAGAAAUUGAUAAUUAUCAUUGUGGUAGUAGUGGUGUUGCUGGGCGUUUUAGCAUUGAUUAUUGGACUUUCCGUUGGGCUAAGUAAUGGCGGCCCGAGUGGUUGCUGCACUGAAAUUAAGUAAAUGGAAGGUUCUCAGGGACUCUGGAUUGGCUCCCUCUUGAGAACUGACCUGGGAUUUCACAUGGCAAUGCUCCUCCCUUGUGAUUGUCCUUGGACACACACACUGAGCCCUCUCAGACUUUCCAUCACCUGUGCCUUCUUUCAUCUCCUUAAAAUACUCUUCUGGGCUUCUGGCCCUGGGGAAAGUUCUCUUUUGGGCCGGGCUCCUGUUGGUUUUUCUCCUGUAGACUCUAUCCCAGCUCUUUGUCUUACAUUGUGUGUUGCCACCUAUCUAGGAACAUCCGAUCACCACACUUGCUCCCUUUGCUCAAGAAGCAUGGUUCUAUUUGGGUACAAUCUGUGUCCUGCAUCUGGGGCUCAUUAAAUUCUUGCUAACUUUAA